CCAUGAUUCCGUACUUUCCAAGAUGGCGACUGAAGAGGAGAAAGAAGCGGGGUGCAAACCUGUAUUCGCUCCGGAGGAGUUUAAGGGUUACCCGACGCAGCCCAGCCCCCCCAGCUCGGCGCCCAGCACCCCCCUACACCAACCCCCCGUCUACACCGAGGAGGACUACAAAACCUUCGACAUCAUCCGAGCAACGCAGUACGGAGUGAUUGACAGGUGUCAUGAACUGGUUGAAGCCGGUUUCGAUGUCCGCACGCCGGACCAGGAGAACGUCACGGUUCUGCACUGGGCGGCGAUCAACAACCGCCUGGAACUGGUCAAGUACUACAUCAGCAAGGGAGCGAUCAUCGAUCAGCUUGGGGGGGAGCUGAACUCCACACCUCUGCACUGGGCCGUCCGGCAGGGCCACAUGGCCAUGUCAGUGUUACUCAUGCAGUAUGGGGCCAACCCUGCACUGCUGGACGGGGAAGGUUGUGCCUGUCUCCACCUGGCUGCCCAGUUCGGACACACAUCGAUAGUUGCGUACCUGCUGGCCAAAGGACAGGAUGUGGACAUGAUUGACCAGAACGGCAUGACAGCGCUCAUGUGGGCCACUUACAGGACAUAUGGCACGGACCCGACCCGCCUCCUCCUGACGUUUAACGCGAGCGUGAACCUGGGAGACAAGUAUCACCGGAACACGGCGCUGCACUGGGGCGUCAUCUCCGGGAACACCAACGUCAUCACACUACUCAUCCAGCACGGAACCAACCUCAACGCACAGAACGACAGGGGGGAAACUCCGCUGGACAUCGCCGUGGCGAAGCGGAACCAGUGGAUCACUCAGCGUCUGCAGAAGGCUCGGGAGGAGAAGGGGCUCGACAGCACCCCCCUCAUGCAGAGGAUCAAGUCUGAUCAGCGUAUCAGCCGCUAUGUGACGGUGUUUUUUGACAGCAGUUUCCAGACGACCAUCCCCGUAGCGAUCUACCUAGCAACCAAAUUCUGGAUGUACGUCACCUGGUUCGGCUGGUUCGGACCCUAUGUGUCUGACCUUGAGGUGCGGCUGCCGUUCCUGGUGAACACGGCGUUCCUGAUGUACAACUUCUACCGCUGCUGGCGCGCCGACCCGGGGGUUGUCAACAACACAGCCGAGCAGAGGAAAAACACGAUAAUCGAGCUUGCUGAGAAGGGAAACCUGAACCUGCACGAGCUCUGCAGCACCUGUGUGGUGAGGAAACCCAUCCGCUCCAAACACUGCUCCAUCUGCAACAGGUGCAUCGCCAAGUUCGACCACCACUGCCCCUGGGUGGACAACUGCGUGGGUGUGGGGAACCAUCACUACUUCCUGGGGUACCUGUUCUUCCUUCAGGGGAUGAUCAGCUGGUGCAUAUACGGCACUUUCACUUACUGGAGUCACCACUGUGGGCUGAGUCUGUCCCGGCUGGGUUUCUGGGCCUACGUGGGUUCUGCCGGGCACUGCUCACCGUGGGUCAUGUGGAUCUUCCUUAACGCCCUGCUGCAUUUUACCUGGGUCGGAAUCCUGCUGGUCUGCCAGGCGUACCAGAUUUUCUGGGUUGCCAUGACGACCAACGAGCGGAUGAACUGUAAGAGAUACAAACACUUCCUGUCCAGUAAUGGAGACAUCAGGAGCCCCUUCAAUUUCGGGGUGAUCCAGAACAUAUCGGAUUUCUUUAACCUGCGGAUUCCGGGGCUGGCGCGGCCGCACGUGGUCGACUGGCGACAACAGUACAGUGUCAACAUCCGCGAACAGCCGGCCGACAAGGCCUACCAGUUCGUAUAACAUCGGAACAACCGGCCCACAGGGCCUACCAGUUCG